AUGAUUGUGAAGUUGAGGGACGUGCAGAUCUGCAGUAUCCAGUGCACCACACAGGAUGUGACAGAAGCUGAUAGACGAAGAGCUGAAGACAUGGCACAAAAGUUUAAAGGAAAACCAGGAGACCUGAUCGAGAUCAGCCGUGGGACCUAUCAGCACUGGGCCGUCUACAUCGGAAAGAAUGAAGUGGUUCAUUUCGGGGGUCUGUUAUCUGGCUGGUUCAAGAGUCUGAGCAGCACCAGAAAGGUGAAGCGUGAGAAGCUCGCCAACGUAGUCGGCAGUGACCGUCACCAGGUCAACAAUCUGAAGGAUGACAUGUACGAUGCUCGUGAUCCUUCCAUCAUAGUAAAGGAGGCCCUUGAGAUGGUCGGCAGCAAGCUACCGUACAACGUAGACACUUACAACUGUGAGCACUUUGCUACCGAGAUGCGAUACGGCAAGGCAGAGUCUCUGCAGGUGAAAAAACCUUCUUUGAUUUCCGGCGUCAGAGGCGCCUUGGUCAUCGGAGGCCCAGUUGCCGCUGGAGGAGUCACAGGUGCAGCUGUAGCAGAUGGGGCAGUUUCUGUCUUAGAAUGGCAGUUUCGCAGUCGUACCAGAAGUAAAGAGGAAAUUUACCCCUUUUAAUUCAAAUUAUAUUUUUUUCAGAGGAAGGGGAAGACAACAAGAACGAAUCACAACACUGGCAACAAUGAAUUUUGGCAUGUAUCUGACAGUGAUUAUGAUUUAAACUAUUUAAAUAAACAAUUUCACUUGUGCAAUCUGGAGAGAAAAAGGUUGUUGUUCAACACAGUUAAAGGAUAUUUGACCUUGAAUCAGAUAAGACAAUAAGGCAUUAAAUCAUCUGCAGGAUAAGACUAAAGACACAUCUCGUCAGACUUCAACUUGGAUUAAAAAUUAUUUAAAAAAAAAGUUUCUAUAUCUGUUUAGUAGCACCUAUAUAUCUAGUAGCACUUAUAUAACACCUACAUAUAGUACUUUGUAGUUUGGCUUUCAUGUACUUGAUUCUUGUUGCUCUGGGUUUGUUCUCUCAUGGUUGAUGCUCUUAUUGUGACUUUGGAUAAAAGCGUCAGCUAAUUGAAAUGUGAUGUGAUGUGAUGUUAGGGAUGUUUCUUUGUCUUUCACGUCAUUUUUCCCUUUUUAAACGGAUCAAAUAAUCAUUUGAACACACAAUA